UCCUGUCUUUCCUUCAUUCGCGUUGUGUCGUGUGUAGUGGUUAUUUUCCCUGUUUAGCCGUCACGUCAAAAAAUUGUUGGUGAUGAUCUCUUGUGUUUAGUAUUAUUUACUUUAUUACUAUAUUUCUUUUAUUUCAUUUAUUCUUGUGAUUCAAUUUCUGUUCCGACGUUAAAAACCUUCUUUAUAACUAACCAAGAGUACGGGUAUAUUUCAUUACCACAAUAUUUAGCAGUUUAUUUUGGGGUGUCUUGUAGGUAGUUCUAACUCCUAUAAUAAUUAUAUACUGUUGAUUUGUGACUUGUUGCUAGUUAUAUAGUAGCAUUUUACGGCAGUUAUGUCUGUUCUACAUUCCUGAAGCUAUACAGCUCAUGUUUCUUGUAUCAGCUGACGAACGACGUUCAGCAAGCAAACAUGGAAUCAGCGAAGAAAAAAGGCCGUCCUGCACACCCGAGAGCGCACGCAAAUCCUUUAUCGGCUCUCACAUUUGGAUGGACUUUGCCAAUUUUUUGGAAGGGCUUGAAGCAGGAAAUGGAAGAGGAAAACCUAUAUGAACCUUUGAAAGAACAUGCAUCAGGUCCUCUCGGUGACAAAUUUGCUCGUCUUUGGGAAGAGGAGGUGGCUCGCGCUGGUACCAAGCGUACGCCGAGUCUCCUCCGAGUAAUAUUGCGAGCGUACGCCGUGAGGUGCAUGCUGUAUGGAAUAGUGCUGCUUUUUAUGGAGUGUGGCAUACGGCUCGCGCAGCCGGUGUUCCUCGGCAAGCUGGUGGACUUCUACGCGAUGCGGGCGGACCAGCCCGUGUCGCUCAACGACGCCUACUGGUACGCCGCGGCCGUGGUGCUGUGCUCCGCGCUCAACGUGCUCGUCGUGCACUCCUACAUGAUGGCCAUACUGCACAUGGGCAUGAAGUUCCGCGUCGCCUGCUGCUCUCUCAUAUAUCGCAAGUCGCUCAGACUGUCAAAGACGGCUCUUGGCGAAACGACGGUCGGCCAAGUGGUGAAUCUGCUCUCGAACGACGUGAACCGAUUCGACGUGGCCGUGAUAUUCUUGCACUAUCUGUGGAUAGGACCGCUGGCCACGGUCAUCAUCACCUACCUCAUGUGGCAGGAGAUCAGCUGGGCGGCGGUCGUCGGCGUCGGAUUCAUGUUGGCUUUCAUACCUCUGCAAGCAUGGCUGGGCAAAAGGACGUCGGUGCUGCGGCUGAAAACUGCGCUGCGCACGGACGAGCGGGUGCGGCUCAUGAACGAGAUCCUGUCCGGGAUACAGGUCAUCAAGAUGUACACCUGGGAGAAGCCGUUCGCGGACCUCGUCGCUAAGGCCAGGAAGCAGGAGAUAAAACAGAUCCGCGCCACCUCAUACAUCCGCGGCGUGCUGACCUCGUUCACGAUGUUCACGACGCGCAUCUGCCUGUUCUGCUCGAUCCUGGCGUUCGUGCUGGAGAACAACGUCAUCUCCGCCAAGCAGGUGUUCGUCGUCAGCAGCUUCUACAACAUCCUGCGCCAGACCAUGACCGUCUUCUUUCCACAAGGGAUCGCUCAAGUAGCAGAAGCAUCAGUGUCAAUUAAAAGACUCCAAAACUUUAUGCUCUAUGAGGAUACGAGCAAACCAGUCCCUACUUUGAGCGAAAUACAAACUUCAACGAAAUCAAAAAUCAAACUACUAGAUGAGCCAAAGGAAACAGCCACUACCCCAACCAAAUCUUCAUUAGAUAAGCCACGAGACACGCCUUCUCAAGAGUCGAGCACUGUCAAAGAAACGAAGAAGAUAGAUGAAGCCAAAGGCAAUGGGCGGUCGGCGGCUCCGUUGGAGUCUGGCGAGGAAGAGGACACAGAGCUGGAACAGUCCCAGGGCGCCGGCGUGCGCCUGCAGCACGCCACGGCCAAGUGGGUCGCCGCGCACCACGAGAACACGCUCACUGACCUCAGUUUAACUAUCAAGCCCGGCAAACUGGUGGCGGUGAUCGGGCCGGUGGGCGCGGGCAAGUCGUCGCUGCUGCAGGUGCUGCUGCGCGAGCUGCCGCUCGUGUCGGGCUCCGUGCACGUCGGCGGCUCAGUCUCCUACGCGGGCCAGGAACCCUGGCUCUUUGCAGGCAGCGUAAGACAGAAUAUCCUGUUCGGGCAGCCAAUGGACCGGCCGCGGUAUAACACAGUGGUACGGCGCUGCGCGCUCGAUCGCGACUUCUCACUGCUACCGCACGGAGACAAGACCGUCGUGGGCGAACGAGGCGUCAGUCUCAGUGGAGGUCAGCGCGCGCGUAUCUCCCUGGCGCGCGCCGUAUACAAGCGCGCCGACAUCUACCUGAUGGACGACCCGCUGUCGGCCGUGGACGCGCACGUGGGCCGCCACCUGUUCGAGUCCUGCCUCGUCGGCUAUCUGCGACACUCCACGCGAGUGCUCGUCACGCACCAACUGAUGUUCCUCAGAGACGUCGAUCAGAUUAUAAUCCUAAAGAAUGGCGCCAUCGCCGCGGCGGGUAGCUUUGAAACGCUGAGCGCUUCGGGGCUCGACUUCGCGACGUUGCUCGCGCGCGGCGAGGAAGAGGAGCGGCCCGUGGCCGAUUCCCAGUCCGCCAUCGACAUGGAGGAAUCGCCGCACGGCAGCUUCCGCAAGCGGCAGAUGAGCAUACACUCUGUGAGCUCUGUGGAUAACUUGACCGCGACGGCGCCGCCAGAGGGCGGGCGCGAGGAGGCGGAGAUGCGGUCGGCGGGCGCGGUGUCGGCUAAGGUGUACGCGGCGUACUUGGGCGCGAGCGGGAACGCGCUCGUCGUCACGCUCAUGGUGGCCGUGGCCGUGCUCGCGCAGCUCUUCGGCUCCGGCUCCGACUGGUGGACCAGCUACUGGGUUAAAAUGGAAGAAAUGGAAGGAGGGAUCCCGGGCCUACAACUAGCGGCCACCAACACCACUCUCGAGCGGAUGAUCGAAGACGUCCAGUUUGGGGAGGGGCCGCUCAGCCGGUACAACUGCAUCUAUAUCUACACGGGAAUGGUAGUCGCUUUGGUAGUGAUAUCGCUGCUGCGCUCGUUCAUGUUCUUCUCAAUGGCCAUGCGAGCCUCGACGCGCUUGCACAACAAGAUGUUCUCGGCAAUAACGCGGGCGCCCAUGCGCUUCUUCCACGUCAACCCUUCGGGGCGUAUCCUCAAUCGAUUUUCCAAGGACAUGGGAGCUGUCGAUGAAGUGCUGCCUGCUGCAUUACUCGAUGUUCUUCAGAUUGGUCUAUCGCUGAUCGGUAUCGUGGUGGUGGUGGCCGUGGUGAACUACUGGCUGCUGCUGCCGACGCUGAUCAUCGGGCUGGUGUUCUACGGCCUGCGCAUCGUCUACAUCGCCUCCUCGCGCAGCAUCAAGCGCCUCGAGGGUGUGACUCGAAGCCCGGUGUUCUCCCACCUCAAUGCGUCACUGCAAGGCAUCACCACUAUACGCGCGUUCGGCGCGCAAGAGACGCUCAUCCGCGAGUUCGAUAACCACCAGGACCUGCACAGCUCCGCUUGGUACCUUUUCAUUGCAACUUCCCGUGCGUUCGGAUUCUGGCUGGACCUUGUGUGUGUCAUAUACAUCGCCAUCGUUACUCUCAGCUUCCUCGUGCUUAAUUCAGUUGGGCAGUUUAGCGGCGGGGACGUAGGUCUCGCUAUAACGCAAGCUAUCAGCUUGACUGGCAUGUUCCAGUGGGGCAUGAGACAAUCUACUGAGUUGGAAAAUCAAAUGACCAGUGUGGAGAGAGUGGACGAGUACUCAAAGAUAGAGUCGGAGCCGCCGCUAGUGUCGGAGGGCAGCCGCAAGCCGCCGCCGUCGUGGCCCGAGGCGGGCCGCGUGGAGUUCCGGCACAUGUUCCUGUACUACGCGCCGGGCGAGCCGCCCGUGCUGCGCGACCUCACCUUCACCAUCCACCCCAGGGAGAAGGUCGGCAUCGUCGGCCGCACCGGCGCUGGCAAAUCCUCCCUCAUCAACGCGCUUUUCAGACUGGCGACGAUAGAAGGCGAGAUCAUAAUCGACGGUCGCGAGACGUCCGCUCUCGGGCUGCACGAGCUGCGGAGCCGCAUCUCCAUCAUCCCGCAGGAGCCGGUGCUGUUCUCCGGCACCAUGCGCCACAACCUCGACCCCUUCGACGAGUACCCAGACCACGUGCUGUGGCGCGCCCUAGAGGAGGUGGAGCUGAAAGAGGCGGUGAUGGAGCUGGCGGCGGGUCUCAGCUCGCACAUGUCGGAGGGCGGCGGCAACUUCUCCGUGGGGCAGCGGCAGCUCGUGUGCCUGGCGCGCGCCGUCGUGCGCCGCAACCGCCUGCUCGUGCUCGACGAGGCCACCGCCAACGUCGACCCGCAGACGGAUGCGCUGAUCCAAACUACAAUAAGAAACAAAUUUGCCGAUUGCACUGUACUCACUAUUGCCCAUCGACUGCACACCGUUAUGGACUCAGACAAGGUGCUGGUGAUGGACGCGGGGCAGAUGGUGGAGUUCGACCACCCGCACGUGCUGCUGGGCCGGCCGGGCGGCGUGCUGCGCGGCAUGGUCGACCAGACGGGCCGCGCCAUGGCCGACACGCUGGCCAGGAUCGCGGAACAGUCUUAUAGUAAAAGGAAACGGCCAUCAACCACGAGCGGCGCCGAGUGAUCUAGACAAAUUUUAUUUAUAUUAGAUUAUUGAAAUCAAUGUACACAAACGUUCCUAUGUUUGAAUUAGUGCCCAUAAAGUUAAUAUAGGUACUUAACAAGGAUCUGAUCCUGUAUCAAGUAUAUUGCGACAAAGCACGCAACCUUGUAUAAGUAGCCAAGAUACUUAAAUUAUAACAGAUCCACUCAACUAUGUCCAAUUAUAUUUAUGAAACCAGUUAUUUUUAUAUAUUUCAAGAACUAUGUGUAAGAAUAGUUUAAUUGAUUAGUGUGUAUUUGUUAAUUUUAUAAUCGACAUGAUUCAUCCUAUAUUUUAUACCAAAUAAUUAAGUAGGUGUCCAUUCUGUGUUAUAUGCCUAUUGUUUAAACAGGUUUACCAUAUAAAUAAGUGCGGUAGGCCCGCCUGCGAAAGCCCGAUGACAUUGCGAACACGAAGCAUAUUUAUUUUGUACAUAGCGAAUUUUAUUUACCGAUUUAUUUUACUACCUCAUUCACAUCAUUUGAGCAUUUCUUUUUGUUUUGCCAAUAUUUUUUUUUAUUGUUUUAGGGACUUUUAGGUCAAUUGUACUCAGAAUCACGAGUACUUUCAAUCUCACUGGGAGACAAAAAGUGUCCCAGAAUUU